AAGAAGACGGAGGAACCAACAACACAGAAGAAGAAGCAGGAGAAGAUUCUGAUUCUCAGCGCUGAGCAGUGUUUACGAGCGCAAUUUAUUUAUGACUCUUACUUUGAACAGGGUGUUGUAACUAUCGAACGAGGUUCACACCAUGGAAGAAGACAUAUUAACGACGUUAAAAAUAUUGAUAAUAGGGGAGAGCGGCGUUGGGAAGUCCAGCCUUUUAAUAAGAUUUACAGAUGACACGUUUGACCCUGAACAAUCUGCAACAAUAGGAGUUGACUUUAAAGUGAAGACCAUUGCUGUGGAUGGUAACAAGGCAAAGCUGGCAAUAUGGGACACUGCAGGACAGGAGCGUUUCCGAACGCUGACGCCGAGUUACUACCGUGGUGCUCAGGGAGUUAUUCUGGUGUAUGACGUUACUCGAAGAGAAACCUUUACUAAGCUCAAUAACUGGCUUGGGGAGCUGGAGGCGUACUGUACAAAAAAUGACUUGGUGAAAAUGCUUGUAGGAAAUAAAAUCGAUAAGGAAAACCAUGAGCUAGACAGAGCUGAAGGACUGAAGUUUGCAAGAAAACAUUCCAUGCUUUUUAUAGAAGCCAGUGCUAAGACCAAAGACGGUGUUCAGUGCGCCUUUGAGGAGCUUGUUGAGAAGAUCAUCCAGACUCCAGGCUUAUGGCAAAAUGAGAGCCAUGGCCGAGGAGUCCAGCUCACCGAUGAAGAUGCAGGAAGUGGAACGUGUGGUGGCUACUGCUCUUUGACCUAGAAAGACACUUUUGCAUACAACAACAAAUUUGCACACAUUCAAAAAGUACCAUACCGAACAAAUUCUGGUAUUCACACACUGUAACGCAAGCAUAUAAACAUACAGCUCCCGCUUCCACAGUUCACUAUUCUGAGGAGCGGUCUUCCUAGAUUUGAUGACAGUAAGCUGGAAGCGUUGAACACAUACUCUUUUCACAUAGACACUCCGUUUUGCACCUUUUCUAUUUAAAGCUCUGCACAUAAAUGCAAUUGCAGCUCAGCCUUUCUGUUCAUACAUGUGAGAGUUUUCAGUCAAAGCUUUUCAGUGUCAGUAUGCUCUGAGAUUUUAUUGCAGUGUGUCAGUUUCUGUCAUAUGCAUGAGCAAUGGCUGGUCAGACAUGUGUCAGUGUGAAGCACAGAACAGGUUUUGUCUUUUCUCUGGCAUACUCUCUGUGCUUUGGCGCACCUCGCCUUAGCAAGCACAUCCACAGUAUAUCAAUGCAGGACUGUCUUUCUUUUCUAUACUCUGUCCUGCGUGUGAUUUUGCCUCCCUUGGCACAGCCUCUGAACAUUCUGCUGAAGAAGAUUAUCAAACCAGGGUAUUCUGCAUUCCUAUCGCACCGUUUUAGUCAAAGGCAUGUAUAAUGUCAAGGUUUAUAUACAGCUGCCUAAUUUCCACAGAAAUGAAUUGGUACCAAUGUUAUACUGCUUUUACUGACAUGGCCUUGAAUCCAUUCAUAUCUUUUUGAAAAAUGUAUAAAUCAACGAGGAAGCCAUUAAUGAGUUUGUAGAAAGCUUUUAAUUGUAUGCAUUUCUCUUACAGUGUAUGUACCGUAGUUUUCAUGUGACAUGAUGGGAUCAGGGACAUUUCGAGAAAAUCUUUCUCCAUUUGAACUUGUUCAACAAAUGGUCAAAAUGAACAUAGAUUAAUAGCAUAGUUGCAUCACACAGAGGAUUUUUAAAUCUGUUUUAACUGCAUGUAUUGAAUUAUGUGCCAUCUUUAUCUGUUUUUCUGUGACAGACCUUAAAUCAAUUUAAAACAACUUUUUAAUAUUAAUAACAUUUAAAUAUUUAGGCAAAAAAGAAAAGACACAGUUGCUGUCUAAAUAUAGAUUAUAACAGAAUGUGGUGGGAUUUAACUCAUCAUCCUGUUACAGAUUCCAUUUUUUGUUUAAAACACGUAACAGAACAUGCUUCAAUUGUAAUUUGGUAGUAUUAUUUCUUCAAAUUAUUAAAUUGAAUGUAUACAAAAAUCACUACAAACUGUCCAAUGUGUUAAACAAAUAAAAUUAUUUUUAAAGGAA